GAUUUCAUAUCUUACUCUCUCUCUCUCUCUCUGCUGAAAGGUUGAAAAAUCAGGCCCGCUUUGAGCAUUCAAAUUCAAUCAUUCAUACGAUCAUUUACAUAAAGUAUACAGAUCAUGUCACCGCACCCAGGAUUCCCUUUCUUAAUUCUUAAGCAAAAUUAUCGCAUAAACCCACUUUCCCCCUCUUCUCCCCUGCAUCCACGCACACACAGAAAGGAUAAGCUGAGCAGCCAUGUAUGUUACAAGGCCUUUAUCCAUGUACAGAAAUUUCCCAAGUGCUCUUUCGGUAGAGCCACGGGAGGUCCCAUAUUCAGGUUUUCUAGUAAUUACAGAUGAAGAAGCAGAAGCAGAAGAUUCUUUUUGCUGGGGUGCCUGUAAAUUCAGAAGUGUUAAAAGGUUACCAUUUCCUCAAGACAAGUUACUAACAGUUGUUCAUUCAUCAGAUUACCAAGAGAUUAGCAAGACUAAAGUUUUGUUUAUCCCAGUUCUCGACCAACCUCUCUCGUCUAAUCGCUACUAUGUUAUCAGAGCUAAAGGCAAAUACAAAGGGCAAGCUUGCAAAAGUUCAAGGGAGAAUGACAUGGGGAUUUGCUGCUUCAACAAUAUCAUAAAUGAUGAGAAACCAAAGCCAUUUGAUCAUAGAAACAUAUACCAGCAAUUCAAGAUCCACCGUUAUCAAUGGCACAAUUUCUUUGCCAAGUCCGCUGCUACUGAUGGCCUUCCUCCAAGAUUCCUGAGAAAGAAAGGCUGGGAAGUUCGCAACUCAAGAUUAGUUCGUUCUCGACUAAGUGAAGCUCUAGGCCUUGAUAAUUCUCUCAGAGCACUGCUUCCAAGCUUCGACUUCUCUAUAAGUAGCAAGCGUUCGAAUUCAAAUGUUGUAGGCACAUGGUACUGCCCCUUCAUAUUUGUAAGAGAGAAAGCCAGACUUAGACACCAAAUGAAGAGGUCAGUGUUCUAUAAAAUGACUCUUGAGCAACGGUGGGAAGAGAUCGUUUCAUGCCAGAAUAAUGGAAGCAAUGUUGUGAAUGUGAAUACAAUGGUGAAAAGGGAAGCGAGUUCAGUGUUUGGUAUGGAAGCUUUAAGGGAUAAUAGAGAAAACCAUGCUGGAUUUGUGUGGUUUAUAGUCUAUGACAGAAAUAGAGUGAAAAGGGCAAGUGUGGGAUUGAGUGUAGCCAUUGUUGAGAAAAUGAGAUGGGUGGAAGAGGAAGGAGGGUGGGUUGGUGGUGGCAGAGAAAAGGAAGUGAGAGUGCAGAGAGUUGAAGAGAAUACAAGUGAAAUUGGCUGGCAGAGAUUUGGCUGCUAUGUGUUGGUGGAGAGCUUUGCUUUGAGGAGAAUGGAUGAAACUUUGGUAUUAAGGUGUAAAUUUAUACAUACCCAGCACAUCAAAUGCAAAUGGGAAUGAGGUUUUACACCAUCCUCAACAUCCGUGGCAAAGACUGUGAAGCUUGAAUUUCUGUUGAGCUGUUUAGAAAAGUGCUUAUAAUGCUGCUGUAAUUGUUUUCUGUUAGAAUUUUCAGUUGUAUCAAAUGGUGCUGAACUCCAUUGGCAUGGUGUACAGUCUGACUAAAAGUCACUGAUACCUCUGUAAAUUCAGCUGCAGGAUGCUAAGAUGAGGCAUCGGCUAAGAGAAAAACUAUAAACCAGAAAAUCUAUCUUCUCGGAAGCAAAACUUGCUUUGAUUGAUGGAAGCCCUGCUUCUCAAUCGACAAUUUCCUACCAUCCCAUCAACAUAACACUUUCACUGUGUAAAUAACUCAUGCCAAAAGUGUCAAGAAGUCGCAGGCCACCUAGAUGCAUGUUGUCACAAAACGCGAAUGUGCAAGCUCCUACCUUGAAGCAACGUGGAGGGAAAAUCUCCCUCAAAUAAGAAAUAUAAGCCAAUGGAUCGAGAACACAUGUUUAACAUCAAAUUGUUAGAAUAUGUAAUUAGAUAUAAUCAUCAUUAUACUAAUUAAGCGGUUUAUAUCAUAUAUA